AUGGGGAGCAACAGCAGCUCAACGGUGGAUGAUCUGCAGGCUGUUGAGAUCCACCACUGGUACAAAAAGUUCAUGACAGAGUGUCCUUCUGGGCAGUUGACGGAGCAUGAAUUUAAACAGUUCUUUGGGCUUCGAGGGCUGGAUCCAGAGGCCAAUGAGUACAUCGAACAGAUGUUCCGCACGUUCGACAUGAACAAGGAUGGAUAUAUUGACUUCAUGGAAUACGUGGCUGCCCUCAGCCUCGUUCUCCGUGGGAAGAUGGAGCAGAAAUUGCGGUGGUAUUUCAAGCUCUAUGAUGUGGAUGGCAACGGCUGCAUUGAUCGACAUGAAUUGCUCAACAUCAUUAAGGCUAUUCGAGCUAUUAAUGGUGGUGACCAUGAAACUAGUGCAGAGGAGUUCACCAACCGGGUCUUCGACAAAAUUGAUGUGAAUGGAGAUGGUGAACUUUCUCUGGAUGAAUUUGUGGAGGGAGCGAGGAAAGACGAGGAGUUCAUGGAGGUUAUGAUGAAAAGUUUGGACCUGACACACAUUGUGGCCAUGAUCAACAACCGUCGACAUAGCGUAUAAAUCAAGCUGGGAGAAAACGCUGUGCCAAUAGACAGAAGGGUGUACACACACCAGAAAGGAGAGACAGCAUUUUUAAAACACACAAAAUUUCCAUGAACACAUGUAUGGAAGUAGGAACAGAAAGACACUGCUAUAUUUGUGUAUCUGCGUGCAUGUUCCUGUACAAAUAUUGAAGCUCAGCCACAUACAUACAGGGUAGGUUCAGAAAAACUGGAUCUGGGUGGCAGUAUUUAACUUCUUAAAAUUUAAAGGUCAAGUUUCAGGGCACAAAUUUCCUCCUUAUUCUGUGUCCCAGAUUGUUACUUUGCAAUGGACUAAAAGUAACACUAAGUUUGUGAAGAGCAGUAACAGAACUGGAUGAUGGAGUGUGGAGCAUUUCUGACGUGCACAGAAGAAGAAUUUCAGACCAUUACCAAUGUAGAGAACUACCAAAGGAAUGUAACUUUCACUGUUCUUGUUAUGGUAUUAGAUCAUGAACACCAGCAUGUUUGUCCCUACCAGAUGCUCUUGGAUUUGGUCUCUACAGAAGUAGCUUUAUUCGUAAGAUCUCAAGAGCUGAAAGAAAAAAAUCAGUCUUUAAGGCUGAUGAUAGUGACAAAUCUGUUCCCAACUGCACUGUCAGUAAUGCUGCUUUUUGCAGUUCUCUGUGAUCACAGAACUCUACCAAACAAGCCAACAAUUUAGGAGCAGCUUUUGUAACCAGAGAAAAUAUGCUACUCGGUUUCCCAAAGCAGAAGAAUUACCUGAGAGAUCAAAUGUUUAUUACGCUCAUUGUCCUACCACACUCCUCUCAUAGAACUGAAUAAAGGAAGUAUGUGGGCAUGAUCCUGAUAUCACUGCUUCACACAUCCUUUAUGGGUCUUUCUGUUUAUUCUUGGGGAGAAAACCUAAGAAGCAAAAGAAACAACUCAGCAAGGUGACUCAUGAAUUCUGCUGUCCAUGUGAACACUGGAGUUAUGCUCCAGGUCAGUGCUGCCACAAGUGACUCUGUGUCUUUGUACGCAAUGGGGAGAGUGACGUAGCAUGGACAGAAACAGAGCAAAUGUGUCUUGUUCACUAAUGUUGGGUGUCCUGGUUUGCAGCCCAAACCAUGGCAUUAGGUAAGGUCACAAACAGAAGCUCCAUUGAAUCUGGGGAAAGAAGCAGAAGGUAAGAAUAAUUCGGAGUGCUUAUGCUGUAGUUGGGUGUUUUUUUCCUGUGCAGAAGAAGGACUUGCAGACCUGUAACAAGAAGACUUUAGAGUGGACUAAAUCUUGCUUAUAUUUAAGCUUCUGUGAUGUACAUGUGUUUACUGAACAAAGAGUCUAGGCUGCCAUUUAAGUCAAGGGAGAUUUAUUCAGCAUUGUCACCAGAGCUUGAGAGCAAGUGACCGUGUUUAGAGCAGGCAGCAGCAUUUGCCAGGUGGGCUCAUACCCCAGGUCCCACUGGCAUGUGGAUGUCUGCAGUCUUAGGGCUUCUGAGAGGAACCACAACCUGGCUGGUGGCAAACAGGGCUUGGUUCUCCAGAGGAUUUUCAUGAGUGUCUGCUGUUGGACUCUGCUGUCCCUCUGGACUGAGGAAGGCAGAGGUUGAAUUCAUCCUGUACCUGUUGCAAGUCCUCGGUUUCCUGCAGUUUCGUGAGUCAGUUACGAGUAGAACUGCAUUUUUAUUAUCAUCUGACGUACAGAUAAAAACCUGUUUUCAGUUCUUAGGAAAGUAAAGAAUUUUUCUAAAUGCAGCAGAUGUAUUAAAUCACCAAGAAAUUGUAGCUGCCAGCAGUGUUGCAGCAAGCUGCUAUAUACACUGUACAGAAUCCUCUUGAUGUUCCUAAAGGAGAAGGGCAGGUACACAGCACAUUCUCAACAAGAAUCCUGAAUAUUUGUAAGUGGAGUUUAUAUUUUUUUAAAUAGACAUUACAGAAAACUGGUUCUUCCUUUGCUGUCAUUGCUGAUAAUGCUGGAAGGUUUCCCAGUUAAGAUGCAGUUAUGGGGUUUGUAAUAGACAAAAAAGCCACAUCAUGCUACUGUGACCCUAAGUUGCAGAUGUGUGGUUUGUUCUUCAUGUUUCUGUUCUUCUGUUACUGGAUGAUUUCACUGUUUUUUGGCUUUGCAGCCAGCGUGUUCUUUGAGACCAAUCUGACAGUAUAUGUGCCUUUGUCAGAAGCGAGGGGAAGGGGAGAGGAAAUCUGUAAAUUUGUUUAUGUAAAGGGGAGAUAAUUGUUUUCUGACCUACUCGGCUUUCUUUGUACAGGCAAGAUUAAAAAAAUGUACAAUAAACAUAUAUUGGAACUGUUCGCUUUGAUAGAACUGAAGAAUUAGGAGGAGGACAGAAUGUAGAACUAUGUCUUGGAUUCAGAGUUUUCAAAUAUCUCCAAGGAUGGGAACUCCACAACUCUGUGUAAGGGUGAGGGCUUGGAGCAAGGGGUUUAGGAUGAGGGAAUGUGGUUAGGGUGUAAAGUAUUGAAGUUAUCAUUUGGGAUGUGUUUGACAUAGACUUGCAUGGACUUUCUCUGUGGUUGGGGGCAUUUGAAAUCCUUUUACCCAUGUCCCCUUCCUCAAGCCACCAGUGG